GCCCUUCCUGCCGCUACCGAGAGAACCCAGCGACCACGCCUCCGCCUCAUCCCUCUUGCCGCGUAGGGUGACGGUGGCUGUGGCUGUGCUUGCCGGCGGCGCUCACAGGGACAGGAGCGGCGUCCGUCGUGGGGCUCAGAGCCGCGCCUGGCGCGACACAGGAGAAACUCCUCAGCUUCAGAAUGUCAUCAGUCAAACGCUUGGUUUAUGCAGUCAUCCAUUUCUUGAGAGAGCAGAGUCAGAUGGAUACUUUCACUCCAGAUGAACAAGAAAGCUUGGAAGUUGCAAUUCAGUGCCUGGAGACUGUGUUUAAGAUUAACCUGGAAGAUACUCAUCUUGCACCUCCACAGCAUUUGAUAGAAAUGUUCACAAAUUCUUUUCACAAGAAUGACAUGCUGCCUCUCUCAGAUUCUUUACCAGAGGAUAUUGAAAAGGCUGACCAGCUGAAGGAUGAAGGUAAUAACCAUAUGAAAGAAGAAAAUUAUGAUGCAGCAGUGGAUUGUUAUACUAGGGCUAUUGAACUGGAUCCAAACAAUGCAGUCUAUUAUUGCAACAGGGCUGCUGCUCAAAGUAAACUCAACAAAUACAGUGAAGCAAUCAAGGACUGUAAGAGAGCCAUUGCAAUAGAUCCAAAGUACAGCAAAGCAUAUGGGAGAAUGGGGUUGGCUCUGACCUCUGUGAAUAAAUAUGAAGAAGCAGUUACCAGUUACCAAAAAGCACUAGAUCUUGAUCCAGAAAAUGAUUCUUAUAAAUCAAAUUUGAAAAUAGCAGAACAGAAACUAAGAGACAUGUCCAGUCCUACUGGAACAGGACUGAGUUUUGACAUGGCAAGCUUGAUAAACAAUCCUGCUUUCAUUAGUAUGGCAGCAAGCUUAAUGCAGAAUCCUCAAGUUCAACAACUGAUGUCAGGGAUGAUGUCAAAUGCCAUCGGUGGCCCUGCUGCAGGUGUUGGUGGCCUGUCAGAUCUGUCCAGCCUGAUCCAUGCGGGGCAGCAGUUUGCACAACAGAUACAGCAGCAGAAUCCAGAGCUGAUAGAGCAACUGAGAAAUCAUGUUCGGAGCAGAUCUUUCAGCGGCAGCACUGAAGAGCAUUCCUGACUUAAAUGAGGCAUGUGAAUUAUGGCAUAUAACCCCCAAAAUGCAUACCAUAGUUAGUAGCAAAAGCACCAUUGUAACUUGAAUAUUCUGCUUGAAUAGAAGACAGAAAAUUCUUUGUGCGUGUUUGCAAACAAGAAUAAGUCUGUUAAAGAGAUCUAUUGCACAUAACUGGGAACAUAUUGUUUAUAUAUAGUUACUCCUCUGAAAAUUACUACAGCAAGUAGGUGGUUUUUGAAGAUCCCAUAGUAGCAGUCAUUUUAAGCGUGUGCAUUAGACUGAUCUCCAGGGCUACUGGGUCAGGAGGGGUUUUGCAAGUGAGCUGAACUUUCAUAACAGCUUUAAUUUAAAAUCCUGGUGGUGAAGAUGAUUAUAGCUGUACUCCCUGUCAAAUACUGAAACUCUUGGCCCAUCUGAUGUGCCCUUUUGUAAUGAACAUAAAUCAGUUUUGGAGUUACGCUUGAAAAGUAAUGCUUGAAAGUUUGCUUCUUUAAGCCUACAGAGGGGCCACCAUUAUUAACAUGAAACAUUUUUCAACUUCUCUGGGCAAGAGGGAGGGAGAUGACUGCAUGUAAGGGAAUACCAAGAAAUGAAAGAGAAGACACUCAUCCUUAGUAGACUUACAGAAACAAAAUGGAACUUACCUUGGGAAAGGAAAAAAUAUUUUUAGGCUUUUCUAGCCAUGUAUACCCUCAAAUAAUGAUGGUAGCCCUGGAGGUCAGCAUUAUGGCACUGCUUUACUAGGCAUGGCGAACUGUAUUACAUUCUAUAUGUAUGCAGUAGUUAACAUAAGCUUAAAAUUCUUAACUGUAAUAAGCUAAAACUGAUCCUGUGACUGUACAAAUAACUACUAUUGAAAAA